AUGGACGCCCCCUCCCUCCCUGCCGCAUCCAUCCUCCUCAACGCCCCAGGCCGCCCACCCGCCUCCCCCAGCAGCACUCCCCACAAUGGCGCUCCCCUAGACUCCAGCAUCUCCGGCUCGUCCCUCCAGAGCACAAGCACCGGCACCAGCAACGGCAAUCCCUUUUUCAGCUCAGACUCGUCCCAGACGAGCAUACCCCACUCAUCGCCCCCGCUCUCCUCGUCUGCCCGCGAUCCAUCCCCGGCCCCUUCCCACACCUCGUCCUUCUCCUCACAGCAGGGCUCGGGCGGCUACUACCCCUCGUCCAUGACUGCUCCUGGCUCCCCUUCACUCGGCGCUGUCAACCGGCGUACCAGCACACCCAAGAUCUCUUUUGCCCCCCUCCCCACCGUGCCACCCGAGUUUCGCAGGCGAAAUUCCAUCUCUCUUGGUGUGGCUUCGCGCCGAAACCUGAUCGGUGCGCAGAAUGGCCUACCCCCAGGCGUGCAAAAGCAUAGCGGGGUGCAUAGUGUGAUUAUGAACGAUGAAGAGUGGGAAGAGUACCAGAGGCAGUACCAUGAACGGAAGGGCAACGACGGCGUCGUCGACGUAGGACAACUUGCCAAAUCCGGUGCCAAAGCCCUUUGGCGCUCCGUCAAACGUCGGCGUUCCUCCUCCCAAACCUCCCAGGCCUCCCAAACAUCCACCGACUCGGCGUCCACCAACCUCUCCAACGCGCAAUCCGCCGGCUCGGGCUCGGCGUCCGGUGUGUCCCAGCAGGGAAGUUUAUCAACCAAGCCGGGUGGAGCGGGAGAGACGAUGAGCAGUUUGCAUACUGUGGAAGAGGAUGAUGAGCACCAUUCGCCUCCGGCUCCGGCAGCGGACCUUGUCAGAGACGAUUCGGGCGCGCAACCCCUCCAUGCACCGCUUGCCAAACGCCCGAGAUCGCCGGGUGUCAAGCUCACCAAAGAGGCGCUGGCAGCCGAAGGCUUGGACGACGGCGAUGGCGAGGGAGGCGAGGCUACCCCGAGGCGGAGACCCAGCCCGCCGCCGAGGUUGGCCGACAAGCUUCCCACCGCAGACGAGCUCGCAGAAGGUCGCGAAGAAGAAGACGACGGGGAAGACGAUUAUGAAGACUCGUCGGUGGGAUACGAAGAGGAGCACGACGAGCUCAGUACGGUCGAAGAGAAGGAAGACAUUUCGGCUCACGCGCAUCACCAUGCUCAGCACGAGCACCAUGAUCACGAGCACGAGUCGCACGAGGAGAGGGAUAGGGAUAGGAAGGCGUCCGUGUUGGGUUUCGAUGUGGAGCGAUUCGGUUUGAUGGAGAUUGGGGAGCAGCAGCACAGGGGGAGGAGAUGA